GGGAUGUGGCGCGCAGUAGCGUUUAAGCAUAAAUUUCGGAAUGCAUCCACAGCUCUUUCAAUUGAGCACUCUGACUAUACUGUUCAGUCUACUGACGGCGCUGAGUGUUGUAUAUCCUGUAUAUUUGCUUUCCAGACGUUAUGUAUGGGUUGAGCUGACGUUUACUCGUCUUGACAACAAUACGGAAGUCAAAGAUUAGAACUGCAUGAUGACUUUUACCUAGGGGUGGGAUAUAAUCGAGGUUUGUUGCGUCACCCUCACAGUGGGUUAAUAUAAGAUCUUGUAAAGAUCGUUCAGAGUUCGGGUCCUACCUAUUCGUUUUUUUCACACGUAUUAGGGCGCAUGGGAUAACUACAUCAACUAGUUCCUGCUUGGAGGGAUUUUCUGAAAAUUCAGUUCUCAGAUUUUUCCGGUCUAUCAUAUGUGCAUUAAAGUCUCCUAAGAUCAGACAUCGACCACUCUGUGACUAAAUAUUGAGACUGGUUAGCAAGACCUCAUUUACCUCAUAGCUUGGACUACCCUAGAACAGACCAACCAUUGGAUCUUAUCCCUUGAAUUUCAAGCGGCAACUAAUUCUCACGUCUCCAUAUGAACUCUUCAACUACUAAGAAUCUUAACUGAUUCAAACAAGAGUGAAACUUAUCAAUACAAAUACUGAAACCGAUAUGAUUAAUACUGAUUAUUUGAUGUUUCGUAUUUUGCGCUGAAUUUUGACUCAAUGUUGGUUUCAUGGUUGUAAAUUUGGUCAUUAAUACACGUUAUUACUUCUCAUAAUGUCCGCAAAAUCAUCUGAUAACAAAUUCUCGUCUGUUAUUCAAAUAAAUACGAUAGAUGAUUACAUCGCUCCCACACAGGUGUGUAUUAAACCGGUAAAGAUCGAUAAAUCUGUUGGAAAGACCAGAUCUGUUAAAGUUGAAGAAGAUGGUUCUUACACGGCUAUAACUGAGGAUGGGAGUAAAUAUUCCUUACAAAAAGCAUCCAUCAGUCUUAAUGACUGUUUGGCUUGUAGUGGCUGUAUAACUUCUGCAGAGACCAUUCUUAUAUCCGAACACAGCUCUACCGUAUUUUCUGAUAUUUUAUUGCAAAAUAGGUCUAAAAAGAUAAACGAUCGGAGCAUAAUCGUUGUCUCGUUGUCCCCACAAACCAUUGCCAAUUUACUGAGCCAUGUAACAGCCCUUCCUGAAAGUAAAUUGGCUAGAGCAUUCCACUGUUUUCAAGUCAGUAAUUCCCUAUCGAAGUCGGAUAUGAAUACUUUCAGGACUUUUAUUGCCUCGUGUCUCAUUUCUAUCGGGAUUCAUUUGGUUACCGAUGUUACUUGGGCUCGUGACAUAUGUCUCUAUGAAGCGGGAUCAGAAUUCAUAGAGCACUUCACAAAACGCGGUGAUAAAUGCGCAGAUCAUUUACCUUUGUUCUCCAGUAUUUGCCCAGGUUGGAUAUGUUAUGCUGAAAAGAGUCCCCUUACUUCAUCCAACCCUUCAAGCUCUGAGCACAGUGAAUUCUCAAUUAUCUCUCAUAUAUCAAAUGUUCGUUCUCCGCAGCAAAUCGCAGGCAGGGUAAUUAAACUUUUAGGUGAAGAAAAAUGCUUUCAUGUCAGUAUUAUGCCUUGUUUUGAUAAGAAGUUAGAAGCAUCUAGAGAGGAGUUUUCGGUACCUUCAAAAAGUAUUUCUGACUUUUAUGUCCCAGAUGUUGAUUUGGUCUUGGCUACCAAUGAACUGCUUUGCUUCCUUGAAUCACUAAUUGACGAAUCCAGUGGUAUCGUCUCGUUUUCUUUUCCUGAACACACAUCUGAGGUGGGAGAAAGUCAGCAGUUAAUAUUAGAGAGAUUAUAUGAAAUAUUCUGCGUAAAAAUAUUGCGCGGAAAAACAGGUGUUGGAUCCGAUCAUUUUCCUUUGCUAGUCAACGAAAUGCUUCCGAUGUAUAGACACAAUGGGAGUGGUUCAGGGGGAUACGCAGCAUGUAUUCUUAAGAUGGCAGCAGAAGAACUAUUCUCGGUAAAAUUAAAGUCUGAUAUAUUAGAGGAUGAACGUAUCUUAAUUCGCCAUUUACAAAAUCGAGAUAUUCAGGAGUUAAUCUUGUUUAAUUCAAAAGAAGAUCGUAGUCUGGCGGAGUCUCUGCUAUCAUCUCUUUCAAAUCGAACACCUUACCGUCACUUGGAAAUUCAACCAAAAGCACUGUUAGUAUUUGGGAUAGCUAAUGGGUUUCGCAAUAUCCAAACUAUUGUUCAAUAUCUGCGAAAAACUUAUCAAUUUAGAAAAUGCGAUAACCCAGAUCAAAUAAAGUCUAAACAGAUAAAAGCCCAUUAUCCGUUUGAUUAUGUAGAAGUGAUGGCAUGUCCAAGUGUGUUUAAAGGAGACUGUCCGAUCAUAUAUGAAUUGCCGAAAUAUAUGUACGCCCUUAAGUUGUCUGUUAAAGCCGGUACGACUGGAUACAAGAUCAUCUGUUAACUGUUGGGUAUUUGGUAAUAUAUUUUUCUGAGAUUAACAAAUGAACCAGUCCUAGCUAAGUUUUAGCGCAGUUCACGUUGAAAUGAACGGGCACUGUAGUAGCUCUUCUUACAUAUAUACACUAUGUAUCCCACUCUAUGAAACAGGAAGCUUGUUCAUGUAAAUCCAACGCAUCUUAAGUACUGUAUAACUGGAUAUUGAAAAUUCCUUAUUAGUCAUUUGAUAGUCAGCAGCAACUACAAAAGCCUAGAAGUGGCUGUUCAGAACCUAACUGGCUAGUAGAAAGAUGGCACCAUGUAACUACAUAAGGAAGGGAUUUUGAACUGCCAAGUUGUGCUAUUUCACCUCCAAUCAAGGGGAGUGUAGACCAAACUUCAUGAUGUAUACUGUGUCGUAUAUCACAAAACGCGAUGUUGGUUGGAGUAUGACGGCAUGUCACACGCCAUAUGGCACGAGUCCGUGAAGUAGUUGACUGCUGGAGGUGAGGCGUGUUGCUGGUGCAAAUUAUGUUUUGGAUCCGCGUGACCAGUGGUUGAAAACGUUAGGCAAAAUAAGCUAGUGGAUUCACUCUUCUUCCCUCAGUAAGCGUUCCUCGAAUUCAUUCUUUUUAGACAGUAUUUUCCACUGUUUAAUCUUCACCAAUUUUUCUUCUCUGAUAAUCUCGUUAAUUUCAGCUCAUCGUGCUCUUGUGAAAGGUUAAUUGCACUUGAAUGAUAUUGUUUCUAUUUACUCCAAAAUUUACUCAACCCAGUUGUUGUGUUAUAAACUUUAACUAAUAGUAUUUAGUCACCGUGAUCGUGUGAUGUUACUGGGGCUUGAUAUGGUUUUUUUGACUAAGUGUAAUUUACAAGAAAGUAACUUGGUAUUCUCAUAGGACUAAGUAACUGUAGCCUAAUGACCGCGUGAUCUCAGUAUUGAAACUUAAUUUUUGUGUGAGAGCCAGUAAUACUAACGAGUUGAACAAACCGAAAUAGCUUGGACAAAAUUCAAGCCGGUAACCUGACACUGCCAUAUUUUAUGAUUAAUUCUAGUUAUUUGUUGAUUGUAUCUGUUAUUGAUCGUUUGUACUUUUUUACAGGUUGUCUUAAUGGUGGUGGACAAGUAAAAGAAAUUAUAACACAAACAAGCGAACUGUACGCAAGUCUCCCAGUUUCUAAACCAAUGUCCAACGCUUUGGUGAAGAAUUUGUAUGAAUAUAUCAAAUUCAAAGACCCUAACCUUAAAUACCUAUACACUACAUACAAAACUGUUCCUAAGAUUGAAAUAAUCAACCCAAGUGCAUUAAAAUGGUGAAUCAUAGGUUAACUCAAAUGAAAUAAAUUAUUUUUUGC